UCUCUCCCUCCCUCUCUCUCUCGUCUCUCUGUUUCUCUGUGUCUGUCUCUAAGUUUCAGCACGCAGUAUGAUCAAACAAGGAUUUGUUGGUCGAAGAAUCAAAAAGGAUAGUCAUAUACGAUCGAUAUCUAUACGAUUAUUAUUGCAUGAUAUCAUUGGUUUUAUUACUCAUAAGUUAUAAGUUUGUGGAAGGAAUAUCAGAAGGUUAGAGUUUGAAACUUGGUAUAUAUUAGAGCAUCAUGGAUUUUGCCAAGAAACCUAUUCCCCAGGAAGCAGUGGAUGCGUUUAAAGGACCCCUUCAGGAUAUCGUAAACAAUACAAAUGCGUUCCUUUUUGGCGAUCCAUCAGAUUGCUUAAUGGCUACAGGUAGUACGUUAAUUGUUAGUUGUUUCGGCGUUAUGCUGUCUUUCUUCCUGUUAUACCAACUUUUACGUCCGAUCUCCCGCUACACCCUACAGCCUCGUAUCAUCGUCGAAAUUGUGGUAGGACUUAUUAUAGGAAACAUCAACUUCGUGAGUAAGUUUCUGGGCAUGGUUUCGUCUAACAGCUUAGCUUCGCUCACAGAAACAGGAAUUAAUUGUUAUGCAUUACUCUUAGGGCUAAGUUUUGAUGUAUCAAUACUUGGGCAUUUUCCGCGUGAAGCCAUAAUAGCUUAUACUACUAUAUUCUCAACCUUCCUUGUGGCUGUUACAGCUGCACCACUUUUACAUUUACAAAGUGAAGCAACAAUGAAUAACGAAUUCAGUUUCGUACUUGCAAUAUCUCUAACCUUAGCGGGUACCUCUUCGCCAGUAUUAACACGGCUACUCAUUGAAGCAAAGUUCGCUAAGACAGACGUUGGACAGCUAGUUAUCGGUGCGGCAUCGUAUACUGACUUAGUCACUAUGAUUCUUAUCUGUGUUGCUUUGAUAUUCCAGCCUAACACGGCAGUCAAACAUUCUAAGACCAUAGUGGAUUCAUUGGCGCAGUUUACUUUUAUACUGGUAAUGGCGUGUUGUCUUUAUUCAGUGAUGCCGUCGAUAGUAAACUGGCUGCAGAAAAGAAAUCCACAUGGAAAACCAAUGAGACCACAAGACCUGACACUAUUUGUAUGUUGCAUAUGGUUAUUGGUUGUCUUUGUAGCUGGAAUUACAGGCUACAGUCAAACCAUGAUGUCUUUCAUGAUUGGAAUUUGUUUUCCUAAAAAUGGAAGACUGAUGAGUAUCAUGGUCCGCAGGUUCCAUGAGUUUAUGAGAAUGAUUGUGUUUCCAUUAUACUUCUGCUGGGUAGGUGCAAAUGCUAGUUUUAAAAAUUUGAAAAUCGACAAGGAGGAUAAUAACUACAUAUUCGUCAAGUUCUUCUUCCUUCAUACAAUAAUGUUGCUCGCCAAAGUUUUAGGAGCUUUGGCUUGUGGUAUUCUCUUCAAGUUUCAUUGGCAUAUCUCAAUUGCCAUUGGAUUGUUUCUAACAGUUAAGGGCCACCUUCAUAUCUUCAUCGCCACUUUUGCCGUCAGUAGCAAAUAUAUGGGUACUGGUAGCUUCGUGGUGAUACUAUUACAUUGUCUACUAUCCAUUUCAGUGGUUCCUUACUUGGCGAAAUUCAUUAUCCAACGGGCAAAGAUGGAAACUACAUACCCUUUAAUGGCACUCCAGUGGUUUGACCCUAACACUGAGCUACGUAUAUUGGUUGGUAUCCAUGGACACCAGAAUGUACAAACAAUGAUAAACCUCAUGGAGAUUUCUCGAGGUAAUGGUUUCACAAGUGUCUCAGCAUACGUAACCGAUAUGAUCGAGAUGAACGACAACAAUACUGCCAUGUUCAUUCCUGAUGAUCCAGAAGAUGAUAAUCAUCGAGGUGAUGAUGAACAUCCCUCGCCUUUGCCAGAAACAGAUGCUAAUACCACGUUGGCCGAUGAAUCAGUUGUGAGCAUGCGUGACGAGAUUACAAAUAUGAUCUUAUCGUACGUAGAACAGAGCGGCGGAGGUAUUAAAGUACACAGGUUACUCGCAAUCUCAACAUUUUUUAACAUGCACCACGACAUUUACAACCUCUCCAAGGCAGUUCAGGCUUCUUUGAUCAUUUUGCCAUACCAUAAGAAUCAGAGGAAAGACGGAAAGAUGGGAAACACACUCCACGGUUUCAGAUACGUAAACCGCAAGGUGUUUAGACAUGCACCAUGCUCAGUAGGUGUACUUGUUGAUCGUGGUUUAGGGAAAACCAUCGAGAGAGGAUCAUCCGCAAUCGUGGCCCUGCAGGUCGCAGUUCUUUUCAUUGGAGGGAAAGACGAUAGAGAAGCAUUAGCUUAUGCUUCUCAAAUCACACAACAUCCUGGAGUUAACCUCACGGCUGUCCGGUUCUUACAAGACGAAGAAAAAGCAUUGAGCAAGGCAAAAAAGAAGACAGCUUAUGCCAAGGCAAUGGACGAAAAGGAAUUGAAUCUGGAUAAUGAAUAUUUUGCGAACUUUUAUGAGAAACAAGUUGCAUUAAGAAAGGUUGGGUAUUCAGAAAAACAUGUUGAAAGUGGCACAGAGAUGGUUUCUAUAUUGAAAUCACUGGAAAGCCAGCAUUCCUUUUUCAUUGUUGGCCGAGGAGGACGCGGAGGCAGGGUAACUUCUUUUCUGGAGUCUGGGGUUAGUGAUUCAGAAGAAGCUCCAGAUUUAGGACCCGUUGGAGAAAUCCUUGCUGAUUCUGAUUUUUCUACCACAGCCUCUGUGUUAGUUAUUCAACAACAUUUUCGCGAAGAACUCGAAAAGGAUGAAUUCAAAAUCAUUCCUAUGUAGUUGUUAUCAUUUGCAAACUUCAAAAGUCUAACAACACUUCACAAAAUAGAAAAAAUCAGAGUAGGAUUAAUAGGAUAUAGUGACUGUAAGUAAUAGUUAUACAUAUAAUUCAGUGUUACUUUUGCCGUAAGCUUUUCAA